AUGGCGCCACCAAAAAAGUCUAAUGUGUUUGAUCUGGGCCUGGGUACAUGGAAUGCAAGUGCCCAACAGGAGAGCCACAGUGCUCAGGCACCUUCCAGGGCUGUUGGCAAGCUGCCAGAGUAUAAGGCAGUGGUUGUGGGUGCAAGUGGUGUGGGCAAGAGUGCACUGACCAUCCAGCUGAACCAUGAGUGCUUUGUGGAAGACUAUGACCCGACAAUCCAGGAUUCCUACUGGAAGGAGGUGACCCUGGACCAAGGAGGCUGCAUUCUGAAUGUGUUGGAUACAGCUGGGCAGACCAUUCAUAAGGCCCUACGUGACCAAUGCCUGGCUGCUGGGGAUGGUGUGCUGUGUGUCUUUGCCCUCGAUGACCCCUCAUCUCUAACCCAGCUGCAGCAGAUGCGGGCCACCUGGGGCCCUCACUAUUCCCGGCCCCUUGUCCUUGUGGGCAACAAGUGCGACCUUGUGACCACCAAAGGAGAUACUCAUGCUGCUGCUAUAGCCCUCGCAAAGAGCUGGGGGGCCCCUUUCCUGGAGACCUCAGCUAAAACACGGCAAGGUGUGGAGGAGGCCUUUACCCUGCUCAUCCGUGAGAUCCAAAGGGUCCGGGAGGCUGAGGCAGCAUCAGGUGGGGCUAAGUCCCGGCACCAUAAGACCAUGUGCCACUGUGGCUGUUCUGUGGCCUGA